UUGCUUACCACUCGUCCGUCUCCUCUCCCGCCCAUGCACUCUCUCGCUCCACCCCCGCCCUCUCAUUCUUCUUCUUCCUCCCUCUUCCUCUCUCCCUUCGUCCCCCUCCCCUUCUUCUACCGCCCCUUCCGAGAUCUAGGGUUUCGGCGCUCGAAAACCCUCGGACCUUCUAAUGCGAGGAGGCUCCUCCUCCUCCCCCUUUCUCGCAAGAACCCCUCCGACGUCGCCUCGCCCCUCAAGAACCAGUUCUCCGAUGGCGAAGAGGAGGAGGAGGAGGAGGAGGAGGAGGACGACGACGAAGACGACGACGAUGGAGAGGCCGCGGAGGAGUACGACGUUGGCGUAUUGCUUGACGGAUCGGAGGAGGAAGGCGAGGAAAGAGAAGGGGGGAGUGGCGAGCUCGACGUUGCGCCGGGACCAUCCCCUCGAUCCGAGGAGCAUAAAUCGCAUAGGGUGGAGAGGUUGAUCACGGAAGUGAGAGAAUUUGGUCAGGAAAUAAUUGAUUUCGAGGAGCUCGCCGGGAUUUAUGAUUUCCCCGUUGAUAAAUUCCAGCGGUUGGCAAUCCAAGCUUUUCUAAGAGGCUCAUCUGUUGUAGUUUCUGCACCGACGAGCAGUGGGAAGACUCUAAUUGCAGAAGCUGCAGCAGUAGCUACUGUUGCUAGAGGAAGGCGGCUUUUCUACACGACACCCUUGAAGGCUUUGUCAAAUCAGAAGUUCCGUGAUUUCAGGAGGACUUUUGGCGAACGUAAUGUUGGCCUUCUAACCGGAGAUUCUGCAGUCAACAAAGAUGCACCAAUACUUAUAAUGACUACAGAGAUUUUGCGCAACAUGCUCUAUCAAAGUGUUGGUAUGGUUUCUUCUGAGAGUAGAUUGUUUCAUGUUGAUGUGAUUGUUUUGGAUGAAGUACAUUACCUCAGUGACAUAUCUCGUGGCACAGUAUGGGAAGAGAUUGUCAUAUACUGCCCGAAUGAAGUCCAGCUUAUUUGUCUAUCCGCAACGGUUGCAAAUCCUGAUGAACUGGCUGGUUGGAUAGGGCAGAUCCAUGGUAAAACAGAGUUGGUGACAUCCACCAAACGACCAGUUCCACUUAUCUGGCACUUCUCAUUAAAGAAUUCGCUAUAUCCACUUCUUGAUGAAAAAGGAAAGAAAAUGAAUAGGAAGUUGUCAGUUGAUUAUUUGCAACUUGCUUCUUCAAGAAAUGAAUCAUAUGAUGAGAAAGGAAGAAGGAGGUUUAGAAUGGGUAAAUCUGAGCAAGGCUUCAAUGGCACCUUUCGCCUAUCUAGACAGGCACAAUUGUCAAAGAAUGACAUUAAUACUAUACGCCGUUCACAAGUUCCUCAAAUACGUGAUACUCUAUCGCAUCUUAGGGCCAAGGAUAUGCUUCCAGCUAUUUGGUUUAUAUUCAGCAGGAGAGGAUGUGAUGCUGCUGUUCAAUACCUUGAGGAUUGCAAGCUUUUAAAUGAGUGUGAGGUUGGUGAAGUUGAACUCGAACUUAAGAGGUUUCGUAUGCUGUAUCCUGAUGCUGUUAGAGAAGUUUCUGUGAAAGGCCUUUUGCAUGGAGUUGCUGCACAUCACGCUGGUUGCUUACCACUAUGGAAGUCAUUCAUCGAAGAACUGUUUCAGCGUGGCCUUGUUAAAGUUGUCUUUGCGACUGAAACACUCGCUGCUGGGAUUAAUAUGCCUGCAAGGACAGCUAUAAUUUCUUCUCUUAGCAAGAGAGCUGAAGCUGGACGCACACUUUUAAGCCCAAAUGAACUGUUUCAGAUGGCAGGGCGGGCUGGAAGAAGAGGUAUUGAUAAGGUCGGGCAUGCAGUUCUCCUUCAGACUCCAUAUGAAGGAGCCGAAGAGUGCUGCGAGCUUCUCUUUUCAGGGCUUGAACCACUUGUUUCACAAUUUACUGCUUCAUAUGGAAUGGUUUUGAAUCUCCUUGCUGGUUCAAAGCUUACUCAUAAAUUGAAAGAGCAAGGUGGAGUGAAGGCUUUGCAUUCUGGAAGAACACUUGAAGAAGCUCGAAAAUUAGUGGAGCAAAGCUUUGGAAAUUAUGUUGGCAGCAAUGUCAUGCUUGCUGCCAAAGAAGAGCUUACAAAAAUAAAAUAUGAAAUUGAAUUUCUUUCUUCGGAAAUUACGGAUGAUUCCAUUGACAGGAAAUGCCAAGAGCAGUUAUCACAGCAAGAAUACUCUGAGAUUUCUGUUCUGCAGGAUGAAAUAAGAGUGGAGAAGCGAUUGCGGACUGAACUCAGAAGAAAGAUGGAACUAGAGAGAAUGACUGCAUGGAAGCCACUGUUGGAAGAGUUUGAAAGAGGCCACCUUCCAUUCAUGUGUUUGCAGUACAAAGAUAAAGAAGCAGUUCAACAUGUUAUCCCUGCUGUUUUUAUUGGACAGUUCAACUCCUUUUCUGCUCCAAAGAUAAUGGAAGCGCUCGGUGUAGAUUCUUCUGUACCUGAUAAAUUGGAGUUCGAUUCUGGAGACGUAGAGGAUAGAUAUUGCAGGCCAACUUAUUACGUGGCUCUAAGUUCGGACAACUCAUGGUAUAUCUUUACAGAAAAAUGGGUUAAAAUGGUUUAUAGGACAGGUCUACCCACAGCCUCUUUGGUUGAGGGUGAUCCGUUACCUAGAGAAGCUUUGAAGCAGCUUUUAAUGAAGGAAGAACUGCAAUGGGAAAGGCUUGCAGGUUCUGAGUUUGGGUCCUUAUGGUGUGCAGAAGGAUCUCUUGAUACAUGGUCUUGGAGUCUUAAUGUUCCAGUACUAAGCAGCCUUUCAGAAGAUGAUGAGGUGAGAUAUUUGUCCCAAGCAUACCAAGAUGCUGUAGAAAGCUACAAGGAGCAAAGGAGAAAGGUUUCACGGUUGAAGAAAAAGAUCACAAAUACUAAAGGGUUUAAAGAAUUUAAAAAGAUUAUUGAUAUGAGAAAUUUCACGAAGGAGAAGAUUGAACGCUUGGAAGCUAGAUCCCGUCGUUUAACUAGAAGGUUAGAGCAAAUUGAACCUACUGGUUGGAGAGAAUUUCUUCAGAUCAGCAAAGUAAUACAAGAAGCCCGAGCUCUAGAUAUCAACACCCAUGUUAUAUACCCUCUGGGAGAAACAGCUGCAGCAAUCCGGGGAGAAAAUGAACUUUGGCUCGCUAUGAUUCUUAGAAAUAAAGUUCUCUUAGAAUUAAAACCAGCACAACUUGCAGCAGUAUGUGGAAGUUUGGUCUCAGAAGGAAUUAAACUUCGGCCUUGGAAAUCUAAUAGCUAUAUAUAUGAACCAUCCCCUGUUGUAAUUGAUGUUGUAAACCAUUUAGAGGAGCAAAGGAACUCUCUUAUACAAAUCCAAGAGAAAUAUGGGGUAAAGAUAUCCUGCGAAUUAGAUAGCCAAUUCUCUGGAAUGGUUGAGGCUUGGGCCUCUGGUUUGACUUGGAGGGAGAUAAUGAUGGACUGUGCGAUGGAUGAAGGAGACUUCGCGCGACUUCUACGGCGGACGAUCGAUCUAUUGGCUCAGAUUCCAAAGUUGCCAGACAUUGAUCCGCUUGUCCAGAGAAAUGCACUACUUGCGUCAAAUGUAAUGGACCGCACACCCAUAAGUGAGCUUGCUGGAUGAAGUAUCUAAGGUGAAGUUUACAUUGUUUAAUGCAAAUUAUUUAUAAUCUGUAUAUGUUGUAAUUUAUUCAUUUUUUUCCGCAUUUCAAAUUUAUAUGUUUUCCACGAUGAGCAAUCUUGAUGUAGGCAAUAGCAAGGUUCUUCCUAUUUCCUUUUCAAUUUUGACUUCAUGGCUGCUUAUGCGAGUUACUGAAAAUCUCAUACUAGUAUUCUGAUAGAUAAAUUUCCGGCUUA